AUGGCGCCAAUGCAGGUGGAUAUCGCCGCGAACUCUUUCUCGAUGCCAAUUUCUGAACUGCCUGCCGACACGGAGGUAGAGUACCUGGCGGAAGGCGGUGCAAAUAUUGUCUACAAGAUGACUGUCCCAGAGAGCAAUAGAACGAACAGCGAGAUAAGGGGCCAACGAGCGAUCUAUCACGGUAAACUCCUACGUCUAAGGAAACGAAUCGACUCCGGCACACCAUAUACAGAAACAGCGAGAAACUUUGAUUCCCAGAUCCGAACCCUAUUUCGCGACAACGAGCUUGUUGCCCAGGAGCUGAUCAAGUUGCCUAAGAACUUCGUUUCCUCCUGUAAUGAAAGAUUAAAAGAAGAUGAGACGAAUGGCCGUCGACCGAAACAACGUCAUGGUGUAUACCUAUCUACCAAAGAGCCUUUCGGGCUACUCAUCACCGAUAUGAGUCCGUCGCUAGGAUCGGGCGCCGAUCUGUGGGAGUUUAAGCCUAAGUGGCUCAUUCAGUCUCCAUCAGCGCCGCUUAAUGCUAAGAGAUGUCGGACUUGUGCUCUGCGGGCAAUGAAGAACCACCAGGCCCGGCAGAAAGGGGAGAAGGCACGCCAAGGAUUUUGUCCUCUGGACUUGGUCUCCGAUGACUUUGAGCAUGUGCUACGUGCUGUCAAGUCAAUAAAGGGGCCGCAACACGGUAGGAUACGCGUCACGAAGUUCCUACACCGGAAUCCCACGCUUCUCAAGCUUCGAGAUUGCCAGCAGCGAAUGAACGCUGUUGGUCUACCCGGUCUUGACGCAGACUAUCGGGACAGAGCGGUCUCGAUGACCCUGAGGGACUGCACGAUGUUCGUGAAGGUUCCACGCGACGAGGCAGAAACUCCCGAAGUUCGACUCGGAGAUCUCGAUUUCAAAAGCGGAACAGGAGGGAAACUGGAAUACUGGCGAGGGAUUGAAACUCGGCUCAUCGAGGAUGGAUGGUAUCAAGGGACGGAUGCUGCCAUGGAGGAUGGCGAUUGCUCUUUGCAGAAUAACCGCAAGGAUACUACUCGAGGUGAAUAG